AUGUCCCGGAUAUCAUCAUCGUACGGCGUAGAAUGGUCGGGGGUUGAUCGCGACUGGAUUCACAGGGACGGACGGCAUGAGAGGGAGAAUUGGAAGGAGAUUUUGGAAGCGGACGGGGAGGCUCAGGAGGAGGGGGAGGAGGAUGAGGAAGAGGAGGAGGAUCCCGUGUGUCCGCUCUGCAUCGAGCAUCUCGACGAAACCGAAGUCCGAUUUCGACCCUGCCCGUACCGCGUGUGUCUCUUCUGCUACGAGCGUAUCAAGCUUGAACUCAACAGCCUCUGUCCCAGCUGCCGCACCCCCUACGGCGUCCCCCAACCUCCCUCCCCGUCCGCUGCUGAUAAGCCAGCCGCAACAGCCAGAGCCGCGACUGGAAAGAAAGUGAAGGGUGCAGCCAAUGGGCGAGUGACAGGUGGCAGCGGCGGGCUGGAGAGCAGCGGGAAAGCGGGAGAAAAGGGUCGAGGAGGAGGGGGGAGUGUAGUUGUGGGGUAUGGGGGCGGAGGCGGCUGGGGAGGAGGAGGAGGGGUGGUGGUAGUGCGAACGUCCGUUGGUCCUGGCAGGCUUACAGGAAGUGGUGGGACUGGCCAGGCUGAUAUCCUCGCUGGCUCUACUAACGGCAUUGCUGCUGCUGCUGUUGCUGGUGCUGGGGUGGGGACUGGGGGAGGGGUUGCUGCUGGGGCUGCUGGUGCUGGUUUCGCUGGUAUCGGCGGUGGUUUUGGUGGGAUGAUGGGAGGAAUGAGGGGGUUCAAUCCGCCAAUGUCUGCCAUGGCGUCUUCGCCUCUCAUGCAGCUCUCGCCCUCCUCGCCACUCACUGCUCUCGCCCUCCUCUCCACUCACCCGUAUGCAUCUCACCCGCUCUGCAUCCCACCUGAUCUCUCUCUUUCCGCGCAACCCUCCUCUGCGCCCCCUCCACAGUAUCCCCUCCCCCCUUCUUCUGCACAUCCUUCUCGGCGUUCUAACCACGUUCCCCCACCACCAGCCGGAGUGCUUACUGCUACAGUCCCCGCCGCUACAACCGCUGCUGUGGAGCGGGCUCUAGCAUCUGUAGCCGCAGGGCAAGCCAGGCGCCCAGGGCUGCGAGGGGCGAGUCUGGUGGCCUCCCUGCCCGCCCGCAUCAGAGUGACAGGAGAUGGCGUGCUGGCAGCUCCCUGGCCGCUGCUGGGAGGUGGAGCAGGGUUGGGAGGAGUGGGACUGGGAAGCGGAGUGGUACUGGGAGGUGGAGUGGGGCUGGGAGGAGUGGGACUGGUAGGGCGCGGAGGGGUUGUGAGUGGGGCUGGCGGUGGUAGUGCUGUUAGCAGUGGGAGUAUCAGUGGUGGGAUACUGGCAGGGUCUGUUGGUGCGUUAGGGCCAGGGGCGACGCCUCUUAUGGGGUCUGCUGCAAGGAGGGGAGCUGCUGGGCUGAUGAGUUCUGUUGCUGGUGUGGCCGGUGGUGGUUCGAUCAUUUCUGCCGCUGCUGCUGGUAUAGCAGGUGGUGGUUCGGGUGGUUCUGCUGCUGGUGCUGGCGCACAGUCAGAGACACACAUAGAUGCAGAGCCAGAACUGCAGACCGGCACACAGCAGCAGACAGGCACACAGCAGCAGACAGGCACACAGCAGCAGACAGGCACACAGCAGCAGACAGGCACAUUAGAUCAAUCACAGGAAAACGCAGGGGCUUCACAGCAGCUGCUGCUGCAGCAGCAAGCAGCGGCAGCGGCAGCGGCAGCAGCGGCGGCGGCGGCGGUGGCAGCGGCAGGGGUGGUGGCAGGGGUGGGGGUGGGGUGGACAGAGGAUGAGAUGAAGCGAGCAGGGGAGAUUGUGGCUGCAGCCAGGCGCACCCAGAGUAGAUUCUCCUCCCUCUUUGCUGCCUCGGGCUCAAGUAUUGAACCCGCAUCUCAGAAGCUGUGGCUGGGUCCAGUAGCACGUGGAGGGGAGGUAUUAUCUAAGGAAGGUGGAGGGGAGGUGUUGUUUGGGAGAGGUGGAGAGAAGUUGCUAUCUCAGAAAGGCGGAGGGGAGGUGCUAUCUGAGGAAGGUGGAGGGGAGGUGUUAUUUAGAGAAGGCAGUUCAGAGGAGCAACCAGCAGCAAGUGCUAGCUCUGCUGGGAACACUGAAGCACCUGUGGCGGCGGCACUAGCAGCAGUGACAGAGCCCUGUGCUCCUGACGGGCCUGAGUAUAAGCUGACUGAUGCUGCCUUGAAUAACACUGAUAGCAAACCCACCACGAUCAGCAGCACUGCCAAUAACAGCAGCAGCAGCAGCAGCAGCAGCAGCAGCAGCAGCAGUGACACCAGGAGUGGCAUUAAGAGCAACAGUUUCAACAGCAGUGCGAGCGGCAGCAGUCUAGGCAGCGGCAGGGAGAGUCAUGUUUCUAAGGUGACACAUAGCCUUCCCAACUCCCCGCCUCCACGAUCGUCUCAGUCCCCCUCCUUUCUCCCUUCCUUCCAUUCCCUUCGCCCUUCUCUUCCCAGUUCCAUCUCUCUCCCUGGCCGUCCCUCUUCCCACUCCUCCUCCUCCUCCUCCUCCUCCUCCUCCUCCUCCUCCUCCUCCUCCCUCUCCAUUACCACACUCCCCUCCUCCAAAUCCCACCAUAUCACCUCCUCCCUCUCAUAUUCCUCACUCCCUCCCGGAGGCCCGUCUGCCACGUCAGCAAGCUCCACGUCUGCAGCGAUCCGUGCCACCACUCUCUCGGCGACAGCUGGCGAGUUCAUCCCAUCACUGCCCGCCACACCAGCAUCAGCAUCCCUCUCUACAGUCACGCCCGCUAUAUCUUCUUAUGCUACCCCGUGCGCUAUUCGUCGAUCGCUGUCCCCUGCUCCCCGCAUUCCAAUCCGCUCCUCCUCCCCUUCUCCUGCUCGCUCUUCCUCUCCCCUUCCCCCCUCCUCUCUCUUCAAAUCCCCCUCCGCCUCUGCUUCUUCCUUCACCUCACCUCCCCCCUCUGCUCCUCCUGCUGAUGCUGCUUCUCUCACUGCUGCAGCCUCCUGGAAGCUUCCUCAACGUGCCGCAUCCCCAUCUCGAACCUCUCCAUCUCCAACCUACUCUCUCCGAACCUCCCUCGCUGCUUCGGCAUCCCUAGCCAGUCUAGCCUCGGGGCAUGACGUGGGGCAUGACGUGGGGCAUGAGUUGGGGCAUGACGUGGGGCAUGACGUGGGGCAUGACGUGGGGCAUGACGUGGGGCAUGACGUGGGGCAUGACGUGGGGCAUGACGUGGGGCAUGAUUUAGGGCAUGAUUUGGGGGAAGGUGUGUUUCUCCCAUCGACCCUCGACUCCCCACCACCGAUUGCCAUCCGCCAGGGGCCUGUAAGGCGGCUGUUUGGGGGUGGUGAGAGCACGGCACGGGAUGCAGGGGGCGUGGGAGGUAUAGGAGGAAUGGGAGCAGGAGGAGUGGGAGCAGGAGGAGUGGGAGGAGGAGGCAUGGUUGUGCUGUUUGGGGAUGGAGAGGGCAUGGCAGGGGAUGCAGGGGGUGUGGGUGACUCAAGAAUGGUAAAUGGCAUGGAGAUUGGUUCUAACGAUGGUGUGGUGUACUAUAGGAGCCAGUGGGGAGGGGAGGAGGGAGGAGAGGAGGAAGGGGGGGAGGAGCAAACGGAGAAAACGCAACCAGCCAUGUAUUACGAGGGGUUGACAUCUCACGUGGUCUAUGGUGCUGCAGCAGCAGCUAAUGCUGAGGCAUUUCAAAAGCCAACUGGUGGGAUGGCUGUCAUACCCCCUCGCUUCAUCUCCCCUACUGCUCCCACCUUUGUUCCUUCCUCUGCCUCCUCUCUGCCCUCCAACCAUCCCUCACUUCCCUCGUCCCAUUCCUCCCACUACUCUCUCUCCUCCUCUCACUCCACUCUCUCCUCCUCACACACCACUGUGCCAUCCGCCCCUCUCCGUUCCACCUCCCCUGCAUUUACACCCUACAAGCUCUCUCUCCAUUCCGCUCCUUUCACUCCUUCCUCUGCCUUCAUCUCCCCACCGCCUCCCCACACACGCUCAUCUGCUGCCCUCCCCGCUGCUCCUUCUGCUACUGCUGUCACUUUUGCCAGUGCUGCUGCUGCUGCUGCUGCUGCCAAUGCUUCUCCCGCAGCAAACCGUGCAGUGUUUGCUUCAAGCAGGGCAGAGGAAUGGCAGGGAUCACAGAGUGUAGCAGCAGAGGUUUCUGGUGGGAUGGAGGAGUGGCAGGGGCAGCAGAGCGCAGGGCUGAGAGUAUCUGGUGAGCCAGCAGCAGGCAGCUCGUUGGCAGCAAGGGAGUCUAAUUUUGAGGCUCCUCGAAAUUCGUCUCACUGGCAGGGGCAGCAAAGAGCAGGGCUGGGAGUGUCAGGUGUGACAGCUGGAGCAGGAAUGGGCAGCAGCAGUGGGUACGGACGUGGGGGGUAUGGAAGCGGAACAGACGUGAUGUCAGCUGGCAUGGCAGCAGGCACGGCAGCAGGUAUGGCAGCAGGCAUGGCAGCAGGUACGGCAGCAGGUAUGGUGGCUGGCAUGGCAGCAUACGAGCCUAACGGGACAACAGGCUCGGAAGUAGCCAUGGCAGGUAGCAGCGGGAUGCAGGGCAUGGGUGGUCAUGCAGGGACGGCAUGGCCUCAUGGCACAUGGCAUGGCAUGGUGACCUCUCCUCCUCCUGCUGUAUGGCACGGCAUGGUUGGGUCCCCUCCUACCCCACAGUGGGAUGAUGAUGCGUGGGUAUGGUAUGCAUGUGCAUGGUGUUGGGGAGGGGGAUGGGGGUUUUGA